AUGCCCUCAGGCUGCUCGGUUGAGGCGGGCAAUGGUUUCGGCCCUGUGAUGAAUCCUGCGUGCCGCGAUGGCUUUGAUUUCACCCUUCUGUUCGAGCAGGCCAUAUUCGGCCUCGUUCCUGCGGUCGCAUUUCUCAUGAUUUCUCCUGUUCGACUACAAAUUCUCGCUAAACGCGAUGUCCGAAUCCAAUUUAAUAUAUUGAGAUCUGCAAAGCUGAUAACUACCUUAGCGUUUGCAGCGAUUCAACUCGCUUUGCUUAUUAGCUGGGCACAGAACGUUACGCCCCAUACAAACGUCUCCGUGGCAUCUGGCGCGGUCAAUCUGGCAGUUGCAAUGGAGAUUUUAAUUUUAUCGUGGAUGGAGGAUGAGCGAUCAGUCAAACCGUCAUCACUCCUCGCCAUCUAUCUUUUCCUCACGCUACUCUUCGAUAUUGUGCAAACCAGAACUCUUUGGUUGUCUCGCGCUGGAAGUGUCAUUCCCAGCCUAUUUACGGCUAAUGUGGCUGCAAAGACGACGAUGCUGCUUCUGGAGAGUUUGGGGAAGCAGAAGUACCUCACUGGUACGUAUCGUGAUCUACCACCAGAGUCAACGAGUGGUAUCUUGAACCGGUCCUUCAUGUGGUGGUUGAAUCGUCUUUUUCAUGCUGGUUUCCGAUCUUUGCUCACUGUGGGGGAUCUGGAUGUUCUGGAUAAGCCUCUGGAGUCUUCGGGCGCGGCCGAGAAGGCGCUGCGAGCUUGGGUCGAACGCCAACGCCCAGCACGCCGCUUCGAAUUCCCAGUGCAGAUGUGCCGGGCUCUCAAGGGCUCAUUGGCACUAGUGGUAUUUCCUCGAUUGUGUUUGAUAGGGUUUACUUUUGCGCAACCCUUCCUGAUCACUUCCAUGCUCAACUGGCUUGAUGAUCCACAUGCCGCGAUGAACGAUGGCUACGGCCUUAUCGGUGUCACUAUUCUCAUAUACCUAGGCAUGGCUCUUUCCACACUGUCUUAUAACCACAUGCUGAAUCGGUUCACGACAAUUUUCCGAGGGGCCACUUCGUCGAUGAUCUAUGACCAUGCGCUGCGUAUCCCCGAUGGGACACUGGAGGAUCGUUCGGCCACAAUUACUCUUAUGACCACAGACAUUGACCGGAUUAUCGCUUGCCUAGUGACUUUAAAUGAAUGCUGGGCUCGUACCAUCGAGGUUGUGAUUGGCAUUUCGCUGCUUGCUCUUCGUAUAGGAUGGGUUUGUCUGAUGCCAUUGAUUAUCGUGAUCAUAUCUAGUGUAGGGAGUACAUAUAUUUCGAAGAAUAUUGGGGGGCAGCAGAAAGUAUGGGUUGAUGCUGUUCAACAGCGCAUCGCAAUCACCCGUUCAAUGCUGGGUGAUCUCCAAACUGUUAAACGGAUGGGGUUGAGUCACACUUUUCUUCAUCUCAUACAGAACGAACGAGUCCAAGAAACCCAUCAAAUGGCCAAAUAUCGAUGGAGUGUCGUUUGGCAAAACAUGAUCCAGAACCUACCAUGGGCAUUAGCACCAGCCUUGACCUUCGCAGUCUACGCUGGUCAAGGAAAGGAACUUGAUGUUAUCAAGGCCCUGAGCAGUUUAUCAGUCAUAACACUUCUCACUGACCCGGCCUCUAAGCUGCUUAGUGCGGUCCCUUCCACGGCGGCAGCUACGGGAUGCUUCGAUAGAAUCCAAGCAUUUCUCAUGGUGCCGACUGGUCAGCUUAAGCCAGAUACCACUUCUAGUACCACGGAAGAAGCUUACAUACACACGAACGAUAGCUCUGGUGAGCUGCAGCCUAUAUCAUUGUUGAACCGCGGCAUUGCCGAUCGCAUAUUCCCCGUCAUAUCUAUGGAACGAGUCAAUAUCCGCCCAGUUCCAUCGGCAAAGAUAGUACUACGGGAUAUCAGUCUUCAAGUCACAGCAGGAGAACUAGUAAUUAUUCGGGGACCAGUGGGAUCCGGGAAAACCACACUGCUUCGGGCAAUACUUGGCCAAGCAGUUUGCGAGAAAGGGGUGACUACAGUGAAAAUUCAAAACCCGGCCUUUUGCGCGCAAAUCCCUUGGAUCCCGAAGGGGACCAUCCGAGACGCAAUUUGUGGGGUAACCUCUACUGGACCAUUAACCACUCCAACUAUUGAUUACGAGUGGUAUGCGGACGUUCUUCAUGCAUGUGCUUUGCUUCCAGACCUGGAAUUGUUUGCCGAGGGUGAUGCCACGCAAAUCGGCAAUGGAUCCGGGAAUCAGUUCAGCGGCGGUCAAAUGAGUCGGAUUUCCCUUGCACGGGCUGUGUAUGCUCGUAGGAAACUUAUGUUGUUGGAUGAUGUACUCAGUGCACUAGACCUGAAAACAAAAGCUGUCAUCAUGGAGCGUCUUUUCGGAGUUGACGGACUGCUGCGAAGAACAAUUUCGACCGUUGUGUUGGUGACUCACGACAUUGAACAUCUAUCUUAUGCGGACAAGGUUCUGGUUCUUUCGGACGGGAAUCUUUACCGGGAAGAGGCCCGCGAGGAAACCGUAUACCAAGCUUUGCUACCGGACGCUGCAGCAGAUGAGGGCUUAGAGGAAAGCCCAGCAUUGACAAUGAAAGACAAAGCAACCGAGAUAUCUAAAGCGAAUGAUAUGAAUGAUCUCAGAAGAGCAACGGGAGAUUCGGCUGUUUAUAGGUACUAUUUGCGCUACAUUGGCUGGACGAAGGCUAUGAUCUUUGUUUUCUUCGUGACUAUUAAUGUCUUCUCCAGUACAUACAGCCAGAUCUGGCUGGAGCAGUGGGCUAACCGCGGCGGAGGUCAUAAGCCGCUCUAUGUCACUAUAUACUUCAUCCUCGCGAUUUGCAACACGAUCGGGAAUGGUGGCUACAUUUGGGCGACACCGGAAUUCCUUGCAACAGUUGAAACUGGGUCAAUAUUGAACCGAUUCAGCCAAGACAUGACCCUCAUAGAAAGUCAAUUGCCUAUCGGCGUGUUGAUCACUGUCUCAAAUCUCUUCUCGUCAAUUGCUAGCGCUGCACUCAUUGCUACGGGAUCGAAAUACGUGGCUAUCUCCCUUCCUUUCCUGAUACUUGCUGUCUUUUUGCUACAGCAUGUUUAUCUAAAAACUUCACGACAGCUUCGACUUCUGGAUCUGGAAAGCAAAAGCCCACUGUACUCUCAUUUUCUUGAUACAGUCGACGGCCUUGCUACAAUUCAAGCAUUUGGAUGGGAAGAAGACUUCCAGAACAAGAAUUCAAGACUAUUAGAUGUCACUCAACGCACGUACUAUAUGCUGAAUUGCAUCCAACGCUGGCUUAAUCUGGUCCUGGACCUGAUUGUUGCCGCACAAGCGAUUAUUGUCGUUAGCCUAGUGGUAUCUUUGAGGCAAAGGACUAGUGUGGGAUUACUUGGUGUCUCACUAAACAGCAUCCUCUCAUUCAACGGAAGUCUCUCAUCUUUAAUAUCGGGCUGGACCCAACUCGAGAUAUCACUUGGUUCAAUCUCACGAGUCAGGGAUUUUGAAAUGGAGGUUAUCCGCGAAGUGACAAGCGGAAAAACGGAACCACCUAGUGAUUGGCCAGCCUGGGGCGCAAUUCAUGUCUCGGGAGUUAAUGCACAGUACCAUUCGAAAGCUAUUGCUCUGAAGAAUUUCUCUCUCAUGGCUUCUCCUGGUCAAAGGAUUGGCAUUUGUGGGCGCACUGGGAGUGGAAAGAGCUCUCUAUUAUCCGCAAUUUUGGGCAUGCUCAACAUUACGAAUGGAUCAAUUCUGAUCGACAACGUUGAUCUUGCUACCCUUCCACCUGAAAUGGUCAGAGAAAGGCUCGUCACCAUUCCCCAGGAUCCAUUCAUCAUGGUGGGCUGUACAGUCAGGUUGAACACAGACCCCACUGGAAAACUCCCCGAUGCAGAUAUCAUCGCGGCCCUAGACCGAGUAGGGAUCUGGAAGGGCGUGUUGGACGACAGGGGUGGACUGGAGGCUGAGAUAACUGAUACUCUAUCUCUAUCGAGGGGCCAACAACAAUUGCUGGAGAUUGCCCGUGCGAUACUGAAGAUAGAAGCAAGCCAUGCCAAAAUCCUGCUUAUCGACGAAGCAACUAGCGGUGUCGACAUGGAAACGGACGCUCGUGUUCAGGCCCUUCUGGAACGUGAGCCGUUUCAUUCAUGCACGGUUCUCACCGUGGCACACCGUGUCCACACACUCAUGGAUUAUGAUUUAGUCUUCGUUCUCGAUCAGGGAAAGGUGAUAGAGACUGGUAGACCUAGGGAACUUGCUGGCCAGAAAGAUAGUGCCUUUAGCAGCCUUCUUAACAGCCAGCCACGUUGA